UAUAAAAGAAGUAUAAUUAAUUUAAUUCUUUUUCAUACAUUUUCGAGUUCGAUUGACAAAAUUCAAAAAUUUAGGAUUAGAAUGAAAAAACUCUAAGUCGAAAACAUUUCGACAUCCUUAAAUAAUUUGUAAUCGAAUCCCUCGUAACCUGAUAGGACUGACCCGAAACUCGAUGAAUUAGCCUAUUAGACAUUCCUACGUCGGAUACAUAAAUAUUGUGAUAGGUGGUCGAUAAGACCAUUUUAAAAUCAUCUAAAAAAUUAGUAUAAAGAUGAGCCCAGCAUUAGAAUUAGAAACAGCCUCGCUCUCUACAACUACAAGCCCACACAAUUUUCACCGACUCAAAAAUCCUUCACUUUCCGAUGAAACCUGCUGAAGACGGCGGCGACCUCUCGAUCGGAAUACCGUUUCUGGGCGGCAAUGGCGAUAAUAAAGAGGCUGAAUAUCAACUCCGCCGCCGCCACUCUGUUUCGGGCUCGACUUCUUUCUUCAAAACCUGCUUCAACGGCCUCAAUGCUCUAUCAGGGGUAGGAAUAUUAUCAGUUCCUUAUGCACUAUCAUCCGGCGGGUGGUGGAGCUUAACACUGCUCUUCCUCAUCGCCGGCUGCACUUACUACACAUCUCUACUGAUCCAAAGAUGCAUGGAUUCGGAUACAAACAUCCGAAGCUACCCCGAUAUAGGCGAACGAGCAUUCGGGGCCAAAGGAAGGAUGAUCGUAUCAGUAGCAAUGAACGUCGAGUUGUAUCUUGUGGCGACCGGUUUCUUGAUACUCGAGGGCGAUAACCUGCACAAUCUAGUUCCCGGCCUCGGUGGAGGAGGAGAUUUUAUAACCGGAAAGCAGGCCUUCACUCUCAUCGUUGGCCUCGUCGUGCUGCCUACCGUCUGGGUAGACAAUAUGGCCAUUCUUUCUUACAUAUCAGCCACCGGAGUAGUAGCUUCCUUCGUGCUCAUCGCCUCGAUUCUGUGGUCUGCUGUUUUUGAUGGGAUCGGAUUUCACCAACAGGGCACUCUGCUCAACACCAGAGGAAUCCCCACCGCGGUCAGCCUGUACGCCUUCUGUUAUUGCGCGCACCCGGUUUUCCCCACGCUCUACACUUCCAUGAGAGACCAGAAGAAGUUUUCUAAGGUUUUGCUCGUGUGCUUCGUGGUGUGCACCGUGAGCUACGCCUCGAUGGCGGUCCUAGGGUACAUGAUGUUCGGGUCGAGCGUGCAGUCUCAAGUGACACUGAAUCUGCCUACUAAUAAGAUAAGCUCCAAAGUGGCCAUCUACACCACAUUGGUGAAUCCAUUGGCUAAGUAUGCCUUGAUGGUGAGCCCGCUUGUGAACGCUCUCGAGAGGCGAUUCUUGGUGCGGCGUAGCAGAGGGUUGAGCGUACUGAUCAGGACGCUGCUGGUGGGGAGCACCAUCUUCGUGGCGUUGGCCGUGCCCUUCUUCGGGUAUCUGAUGUCGCUGGUCGGGGCGUUUCUGAGCGUCACGGCCUCGGUGAUCCUGCCGUGCCUCUGCUAUGUGAAGAUAUCGGGGAUUUAUGUGAGAUUUGGGGGUGAGUUGAUGGUGCUGUGUGGGAUUGUGGUAGUUGGUGCUGUUGUGCUCGUGAUUGGUACUUAUACAGCUUUGUUGGAGAUUGUUGAUCAUCUCAUUGCAUCGUGAAUCAUGCUUUGUGAUCAUCUUGUAUUCGAUAUAUUCACUGUCAUUAUUCAUUCAUUUUGUUUCAAUUACGGGCUGUCUAAAUAAUUAUCGGGUAUUGAUUAGCUCGAUAACCUAUUUUUGGUUCAAAUACUUGAAUCCGAACUGUUUGACAAGUCUAGUCUCAA